AUGAAGGUCUUCGCCAUCGCCGCCGCCUCCCUCUUCGCCCUGGCCUCUGCGGCCCCCAGCCCUGGCAACCCUGGCUGCCAGCCCGGCACCUACUCUUGCACAACCGCCCCCGGCGGUGGCCCUGGAUGGCAGACAUGCGAUGUCAACGGCCAGUGGGUUUUCUCUGGCAGCUGCCCCCCCAACACCGUCUGCAAGUUCUACCCUCCCAGCAAGAGCCCUUACUGUGUCCCUCCCGACUUCCACUUCCCUUAA